UCCAUCCAUUCCCAUCAAAAUCCCCACCAAAAACACAAAACCCCCUUCAAUUCUAUUCCAAUUACGAUCAAAAAUCAAAUCUUUUUUUGUUUAUGUUCUGUUUGGGAAGUGGGAAAAUCAAAAUUUUAUUGUUCUUAUGGAUCAUCGCCAUAAUUUGUUUGUUUCUUCAAAUGGGUCUGUGGAAUCUGGUUGGACUGUGUACUUGGAGGAUUCCUCCUCCUCCUUGUUUACUCCAAGAAUUCAAAAUGAAGAACUGGAUUUGUCUAUGCUUUCUGAUGCUUCUUCUGGGCCUCCAAUUUUCCGGGAAAAUGAACCUGUUUUCCCGGAAAAUGAAUCUGGUCGGUGCUUUUGUGAUACAACGCCCACACUUUUCUCGAAAGGUAGCCGGAAAAUGAAGGGCGGUGACGGCCGACGGCGGCCGGAGCAAACGGCGUCGUUUCUUGAUGACACUGCUAGCUCUGAUCCCAACUUCAACUUCCAUAAUUCGGAGAGCUCGACCAGCUGCCAAAACCCAUCUGGAAAUCAAAGGCAGAAGAAUCAGUUAAGCCAAUUUAGAAAGCAGAUCAAUGGGAAGAGGUCGGGAUUGAAGUAGAUGGGAUUUGCUUAUCAAUGAUGUCACUUUUUUCUAUCUUUUAUGUUUAGCGAUAAGUGGAGAUUGUAGAUUAAAUCUUUGAUCUAUUAAACGGAGAUAUAUGUC